AUGGUAUUGAUUUGUUUUAAAUCACUUCUUGAAGCAGCAUGCUUUAAGUGUUGCUUUUUGUUCUUACGAUAUAUAUAUAUUUUAUUAAUUGUGGUAAUUUUUAGGGUUAAGAAAUAAAAUAUAAAUGAGAUUGCUGUCAAUUCAAAAAAGAUAACUACCUUUAUAAUGCGUAUGUAUCUCCAUGAUUUACUUGUUGAAAGAUGUAACUAUGCUUUAAGAGAUGAUAAUCCAAAGUAUAAGCCAUUUAAAUAUAAGAUUCCCUUCGAUAAAUGAAGAUAUUAAAGCUGUUUGCUUAGUUCGUAAAAGACGUUCACAUGAAGAGGAGAAAUUGCAUUUAGAAUAGGUAUUCAUAUCAUAAUAAAAAUGAUAAGAAAUUGCUUUCAAAAAUCUGUAUCAUUGAUUAAGAUGAUAUAUUUGAUAAAUUUUGUAUAUAAGGGACAUUAGAAGAUAUCAUAAACUUAUUAAUAGAAUGUUCUAAUGGAUUAGCAUUUUCAUCUUAGCCAAAAAUUACUUUAAAUUCAAUAGCAAAAUAAUAUAUUGUUAAUGAUGCUAUUUGGUUUAAUCCUAAAACUUAUUAAACCUGUGCUGGCUGGGUAAUAAAUGAAUUUGAAAAGGCUAUAGCAUUGAUGUAAAUAUUAAAUAUAAUUUUAGAUAUUAUUAAAAUCAAUAAGGAAAUUUAACUGAUAAUAAUAAUCAAAUUUAAAAUGAAGAUCUUAAAAAAUAUUGGAUGUAAAAUGUUGAUUUUAAAAAUAAAAUCCUUCAUUAAAUACCUUAAAUAUGCAAAGAAUUUAAGAAUGCACCUAAAAAGAAAAAUACUAAAUAAGAAGAUAUAUUAUGGGCUUAAUUAAUAAUGAAAAAACCUUUAUAAUAAAAUGAGGGAUAAAAUGCAAAUGAUAAAAAUGUUGCUAUUUUAUAAUAAUAAAUAAAUGAGGAGGAGAUUCAUCAAUUAUUUGAGAACAACAAUUUUGAUUAAAUAUAAUGUUUGCCUUUAGAAAGAUUUACUUAACUUUCUUCUUUUUGUGAAAAGAGAGUAUUAAGAAUGAUAAGAGAUUAAUUUAAAGAAAAAUUAGUUAAAGAUUUAUAAGAAAUAGAAGGUAAAGAAAAAAAGAAAUCUCAAGAAUAAAAAAAGAAAUCAAAAAAGCAAAAAAAGUAAAAAACUAAAAAUGAAAAUGAGCCUUAAAAAAAUAAUCUUUUAUCAACAUAAGAUAAAUGUAAUAGUUUUGAAAUUAUUGAUAAAUAAGAUACAACUUAGGAUGAUGUACAUUGUACUGAAUGUGAAUGCAAUAGACAUUCAAAGUAUAAUAUAUUUUAACUUUAAGUUCUUGCUCAGAUAAUAAACAAAUAGAUUUUAUAACUGCUGAUCUUGAAAAAAAAGAUAAUAAUAUAAUAGAGCCAACUAAAAUAAUUGAAAUCAUUUAAGAAAUGGAUAUCAAUGAAAAUGAAUAAAACGGAUAGAACGAGGAAGAAGAUAACUGGGUUGUCAUUACAGGACCAAAAAAACAAAGAAAGAAAAAUUAAAGAAAAUUUGCAAGUUCCCAGGAUCUCCAAUUCAAAAAGUCUCAUUCAUAUAAUAAAUCUAAUUAAUAAAAUCAAAUGAUAUCAACUUAAAAACCUAAGACUUAAAUAGUUAAUUCAUUUAAAUAUUAAUAGAAAGAUAUAUAAGAUUAGGAUAAGGAUAAAGAAACUUUCUCAAAUAGAAACAGUUAAAAAGCCAGUAGUUAAGAAAUAUUCUCUCAAUAAACAUUGACUCCUGAAAAAAAAGAGGCAAAAUCUCCGUAAUCAGAAAAAGUAAAUAUUGUAAAAUAAAAUACUCCUUUUGAAAAUCCUAUCUAAUUUAAUGUAGAUGAAAAUUUAAGAAUUAAACCAUUAAACCAUUUAAUCUAAAUCUAAGAAUUGAGUCUAUAUUAAGAUGAACAGCUUUUAUAAAAUAAUAAUUAAAAUAUUAUUUAUUCUUAAAAUAAUAUAGAAAAUUUUAAAACUAAUAUUCCAGAGGAUAUUGAUACAAUUAUUAUGAAUUAAGCAAGAACUUUAAUGAUAAAAAAGUUAGAUAUGGAUAUGAGAGAAUUUAAUGAUAUAAUUUUAACAUAAAAUUAGGAGAUUUUUUAAAUGAGAAGAUUAAUAUUUGAUAGAAUUUCAUUUGUUAUUAAUUAACUCUUUAGAGGUAAAAUAUCAAUACUAUUUAAAUAGAAUUUAAUUCUACAGUUCGUCUUUUUGGAUCAUGUGCAACUGGUUUGGCUCUUCCAGAAAGCGAUAUUGAUAUUGGGAUUACUGGAUUUGAAUUAUUUCCAGCAACUUAAUUAAAUGGUCCUAUAUAAAAAAUUAUAGAUUUCCUUUAAAAAAUGAAAUGGGUAAAAAAUAUAAGGUAAAAUUUAAUAUAAUAUAAAAGGGCAAUUACAGCUUCAAAUAUGCCAUUAAUUAAACUUUAAGUCGAUCCUACCAUCUCUUUUGUUGAUUCCUCUCAUAAUAUAGUAUUACCCUAUAUUGAUUUAAUUCCAAAGUAUAAAUUUUUUAAUAUUAUGUAUUAGUUCAGAUGAAGAAAUACCUUCACAUUUAUUUAGUGUUGAUGUUAGUUUUUUUUAAUAUUAAGGCGUUAAAUAAAACUAACAUCUAGGAUUAAUUUCAACUGAAUUAACUUUACAAUGGUUAUCAUUUUAUGGUGAAUUAAGACCAAUUGUUCUUUUAUUUAAGAGUUUAUUAAAAAGAAGAGGAUUAAAUGACUAAUAUAAAGGAGGAAUUUCUUCAUUUUGUAUUAUUUAAAUGGUAUUGGCAUUCUUAGAAAGUUGUUAUUAAUAAAAUUAGGCUACAUCUAUUGGAUUUACAACUUAUAAGUUUUUAUAAUUCUAUGGAAGGGAAUUUGAUACCAAAAAAACAGGAAUAAAUUAUAAAGGCUUCAAUUAAGAGUAAAAUUAAAAUUUUUUAUUUAGUCCCUUUUUUGAACUUAAUGAAGAAGAUAAUUAAUUAUAAAUUACUAUAGUUUCUCCAAUUACUAAUGAAGUUAUAAGUUAAGCUAGUUCAUUUGUCUAGACUAUUUUAUAAGAUAUAAAAGCUUUAUAUUUAGCAACAGAAAAUGAAGUUACUUUCUUUUAUGAAAAGAUUAAAUAUAAUAAAAAAAAAAAGGGAAAGAAAGAAGAAAGAAAUUUAUUUUAAAAAGAACUUAACAAACUUUAUCCACUUUUUAGCACUACUGUAUAUAAUAAAAAUUGA